AAGUGUUUACAUUUUUUUUUUUACUGUGAAAACCUAGAACAUAAGCUUACGUACAAUAUUUAACUGAAGCAGACAUGAAUAACCAAAAUACGUAUUUGGACGACUUUGCGGCCCGCUGGCGCGGUAACCAUCCGGAUGACAAGUAUCUGCCGCCAUUUGUGGGCGGCCCCGUGGACGAGAUAUAUCAGCAGGAGCUGAUACGACGCGACAUCCGAGAGUCGCAGCAGGCUCGUCAGGAUUGGGACAACGAGCAACAGACAUUGGGCAUGGUCGGCGAUAGCCUGCCCCCGACUUCGCAUGCUGGCCGAGCAUUUGGCAAAAGCAUCACUCCUUUGCAGCAAAUGGAAAGCCAGUUUUGGGUUGCCAUAGGCGAGUAUCCGUACGAACGCGCCUAUGCCGUGUAUCAGUUCUUUAGCGACAUCGGACAAUGCUCGGAUAGGUACUUCAAGAGACCCAACGUUAUUUAUCUGAAAUACUGCAAGGCUCUGCACAGCGAGACUGCUCUGAGCUACAAUGCCCAAAAGGUUGGCUAUGGCGCUGAUAUACCCGUCAAGGUGUGGAAGGAAACUCCGUCCCCGGAGAUUCUCGAAGUCAAGAGAACAAUCUCCAACAGUCAGAAUAUGGGAAGCCAACAAUCGUAUGUAAUUAAUAGUGAGCCGGUGGAAAAAAAUGAAGCUAUCCACGAUCAGUUUCAGUUUCAGGCAAUAAUUCCCAAAGCCGCCCCCAAAAACCACACAAUUUAUCAAUGGAUCAAGGAUAAGAUCUCAUACAUGUUCUACUUUUAAGUGAGCUUAAAAAAUGACUGGAGGAUAGACAUAGGAUAUUGACAGAAUGGGAUUCGAAACAUCAAAUUAAAAUCAAAAUCAGUCGUACGUGGACACAAUUAGACGAAUACCUGGACUAUACAUAACAGCUGAGAUCGGAAGGAAGAUGAGAUCGUUCCGAAACAUUCAAAAGCAACCCCGUAUAUCGCAGUUUUUUUCAAUCUUUUGGAAUAAAUGUUUUUUCUAUUCUUUUGGUUUCGUAGUUCAAAGCUUGUUUGUUUCCAAAUAUUGUAUUAUUAAAAAUUACACUUAUAACUAAUGGGA